CUACAAAGUCCGAGGAACCCCGUUGAAAAACAAACAUCAAGUAGAGACGACAGCAGCAGGGGACCGGAUGCAGAAAAGGGCAACAUUGUUGAUGCUGAAAGAGGUGACACUCCGGUACUUUCCGAUGCGGAACCCACGCGGGCUGGAGAAAUCUCCCUUGUCAAGGGCGCCGACAAUGAACGGAAGACAGCGAUCGAAGUGUUGAAGACUGACGCAAACCCCUCCUCUGCUAGCAACGGUGCUGAUUCGGCAAUUGCUGCAAAACCCGAUAAAAAUGCUACUUCGGAGUGUGUUGGGAAGCGGAAAUGUGAGGUUGAAAGCGUUCCAGUAACUACACCUGCCCUUGUAGCAGCAGUACGGCAAUCUUUGCGUGACAUCUUUCAGCAGAAGCGGGAGUCAGCAAUUGCAGUAGAAUCAGUGGGCCAGCGGCAGCAUGCUGAGGGAGAAUCGCUUCCACUCUCCACAGACGCCGGCGGUCCAGAUACCUCCACGCAGGAAAAAACGCCCAAGAAAUAUUUUCUCAUCCGUGCCGCGAAAAUGAACACAUCAAAUGGAUCUACGAAUACUGCUUCCGUCGCCGGGACGGCAUUGCAAAGCGAACAGAGUUCUUUUGCCGCCCGUUUGCUAGAAUCUCUAGCUGAGCGCGUCGCCGACCUUGAAUCUCGCUUGCGUCUCCGCCAGGCUGUGGGAAUCAACGCAGCUGAAGAGAAGAUCGAAGAUCUUGAGACGUUUGCCGAAAAGUGCGAUAACGAGCUCUCAAUUCAUCGUGACCAAUUACGCGAAUUACGGUCAGCCGUACAAGAAAUGCUAGGAGGUGGGUCAGCUGAUGUUGGCGAUGCAGCUGCGUCGAUCGCGAGGGACGUUGGUGCCCACGGUCAGGACUCCCGGAGUGGCGCGGACGCGAUGUCUUCGAGAAAUGCAGCGUUUACACAAAAGAGCAGAGGAAGACGUACUCGGAGCUGUGACGCCGAAGCUGACAGGGCACAGGACGAUCUGGCUUUGCCUUUGCGAGUGCCAAAACAUGAUUCGGAAUUGGAGAGAGUAGCACAAUUGCACGAACGCAUGACACGCAUUGAAGUCGAGCUUGGUCGAGUGUUUCCGUUUCCUGAAGUAGACAAUUUGAAGUUGUAUGCAUCAGAAUUCGCCGUUCCUGGGAAAGCGCUGUCUUUGGGACUUGCAAAACAACACGAUAAAAAGGCUGAAUUACAAGGCCGCGCAUCAUUUGAAAAUGCAAAUGAAUCAGGAUCAGCGAGUGCAGCCGCCAUAGUCACGACCAAGACUACUCCAACUGCUGCACGACCGCUGACAAAAAUGCUCGGGCAAAUGCCACUCCCGUUAUCUGAAAUUGAGGCAGUCCGUGGAGAACUCGCAGCUACAGCAGACGCACAGGCACGGCGCUUGGACAGGCGUCUUCUUGGUGUAGGUGAACAGAUACGUGACCUUGAGGGGAAGCUCACACGAAUACGGACAAUCGUGGUUGCAGAUUGUCGGGAAUACUGUACUGAGACCCGCCAAGCGUUGUCUCUCGACAUCAACGUGCUGCGCCAGGAGUGCGAACAAUGUAUGGCGAUGAACGGGAAAGCAGUCCAGCACAUCAUGAUGACGAGAAGAUACAUUUGCUGGAUUUGCGCCGCUAACUAUUCUUGCACAUCUAUCAUCUUCAUCCAUGUCUAUGCAUGUCGUGAAUUAACUUUGCAUGAAUUUGAGUAAAUUAAAGUCUUGGAUCAGUACGAUCUAGAAGCAUGUUCCCCUCUCAUGCGAUUCCACUCCGAGGUUCGUCUGAACCUAGCACAGGGACGCGACAGUGUAUUCCGGAAGUACGGACUUGUGCCCGCUAUCGGGGAGCCAUCUCCUCUCGCGCUUUCACCAGAAAAGACGAGCGAUUCGGUGAAAGCGAUGUUUCGGCGACUGGGAGUUGCGAAUGCGCGCCAAGACGCAGAUCAGGAGGAAAAGUCCGGAGAUUCUUUGAGUUUUGCCUCUGCGGGUGCUGCAAAAGUUCCUACCACUGGCGCUGAUGAAAAUGUCAACAAGCGUCGAAACCCCGACGCUGCUGCUAGUAGGAGACCUCCUGCUUCUGUAAGACCGCAACAAAAGUCUAAGAAUGUUCUUCAAAACCUUUACACCCAUACUGCAAUGAAGCAUGGCAGCCAUCAUGAUGCCACAAGUGAGUCGAUUCGAGGCCCAACUUCCGAGAAAUCAGUGUCGAAAAAAAAUAAAAAAGCCACCUUUGCCCCUUCAGAAGAAGGUGACAAAUCCCCCGAUGAACUCUUUUGGCUGUAA